CUGCUUUUGGUUUAUUUGGUAUUUGGCUAUGCUAAUGUUCCUGUGUGAAGGUUUUGUUGUCAACAUUACUACAUACGUAAAACUGGUUAUAGACUUAAAAUUACGAUGUGAUUUCGAAGGUGUGAUAAAAUUUCUGUGUUUACUUCUGCCUAAAAUAUUUGCCAAGUGAUGCAUUCGCUAUUGCUGUACGGUCAUUUGUUAAUGCAAAUGUGUACUGGAAUAAAUAUAUUUUUAAAAGAAAACUAGGAUAAGAACGUAAAUAAUUAUUAUUUGCAGUGGAAUAGGAAUAGUUACCUGUUACCUGUUACCCAGCUAAUGCCAAACAUAUAAUCUUCAGGAGGCUCUAUGUGUGGCCCUUGAUCUCAUUAGCCAAAAGAAAGUCCCAGUUCAUCUUAAGUGGAUGUUCUUUGCUUUUUUGGGUUACCCUAUUUGUCUAUUAAUUGACUUAAUGGCUAAGAGACUCCAGAUCUUUAACUGCAUCAAAUGUUGGUUUUGUUUUUUUCUUUUUCUUUUCUUUUAACUUUUUUUUGUCAUUAGAAUUGUUUAGGGUAUUUUGGAGAACAUGGCUGCUGCAUUAAACCAUUCAUGCUGUGUUGGAUUUUGCAUGACUGGUCCUCCGGGUGAUCCACACAUAGAUCAAAAUACGUUAAGCAGUUAUAUACGGGGAAGGAACUGACUUGCUCCUUGUAUCAAAUGCUAAUCCUAUUUGAACCUGUUUAGUCUAAAGGCAUUUUCUUCUUAAUCAUACCACACAGCAAAGUGAAACAAAUUGUUGGGGUUCAUAAUAUCAUGUAUAAUACUAUAAAUGUCAUGUAUGGCUUCUUAUGUGGCAAAAGCUGCAGAAAUGCGGUAUUUCAAAUACAUGUAGAUUGCACACAUGGGAAGAAUAAUUUCUUUCUCACACCUCAUCGUUUUACUCUCAGAUGGCCUUGCAUCACUGUACAGACACCACUGUGUUCCAUCCCUAAAGGCUGUGUUUGGCACUGAAUACCCAUAGCUUUAGAGAGGCUGACGCUUACGCCCCCUGUGCUUGCAUUCACCAACGUAAAUCACUUUGUGUGUCUGCCAGUUCUGCCUGGCAUGGUGCAAGAGUUAUGGCAGGCUGUGGGUGGCUGAGGGGUGAUUAAGGUUGGCCAGUGAGACAAUGAGUCAAUCCCCUGGAUCCUUACCAGGCCAAAUGGAGAAACUGAAGUGGCACCUGGCCCAGACAAAGUCAUAGACAGCUUCUGGUUUGCCCUCGAGACGGUGGUGAGCCGUGGUGAUAAGGAUGAGGAUGACUAUGCUUCUGCCGCAGUUGUUCUUUACUGACUGAGCUGACAGAGCUGGACAUAGCUAACUGAUGAGGAGGAUUACAUUUCUUUACAAGAGCUUUUACUUAUCAGUUUUCUGGAACUAAAUCCCGGUUGAAAAUCAAUCAGACAUGGGUCGCAAGGAGGCUGACUAUGAGUGGAAGAAGACCACAGAGGACAUCCAGGAGGUGUUUGAUGUUAUGGAAGUGCUUGGAUCUGGGGCAUUCUCUGAGGUCUUCAUGGUGAAAGAGAAGAAGACCGGAAAGCUCUUUGCCAUGAAAUGUGUGAAGAAGAAGAACAAGAGGGAUUUGAACCUGGAGAAUGAGAUUGCCGUGUUGAGGAGGAUCCAACAUGAAAACGUGGUGUGUCUGGAGGAUUUCUAUGAGAGCCGGACCCAUUACUAUCUCCUCAUGCAGCUUGUGACUGGAGGGGAGUUGUUUGACCGGAUCCUAGACAGGGGCAUGUACUCGGAGAAGGAUGCCAGUCACGUCAUCCAACAGGUGCUGGAGGCUGUCGGCUAUCUGCACAAGAACGGCAUCGUUCAUAGAGACCUAAAGCCUGAGAAUCUGCUGUACUACAGUCCAGAUGAGAACUCUAAGAUCAUGAUUAGCGAUUUUGGUCUGUCUAAGAUUGAGGACAAUGGCAUCAUGUCCACUGCCUGUGGAACACCUGGUUAUGUGGCCCCUGAGGUGCUGGCUCAGAAGCCUUACAGCAAAGCAGUGGACUGCUGGUCCAUUGGAGUCAUCACAUACAUUCUUCUGUGCGGCUAUCCCCCCUUCUAUGAGGAAACAGAGACUCGUCUCUUCUCUAAGAUCAUGAAGGGGCAAUAUGAGUUUGACUCUCCAUUCUGGGAUGACAUCUCAGAAUCUGCCAAAGACUUCAUUCGUAACAUGAUGCAGAAGGACCCAAAGAUGCGCUACACCACUGACCUGGCCCUCAGGCACCCCUGGAUCAUUGGAAAGACAGCACGCAGUCAAGACAUCUAUCACUCUGUCAGUGAGCAAAUGCAGAAAAACUUUGUCAAGUCCAAGUGGAAGCAAGCCUAUAAUGCCGCAGUGGCUAUCAACCACAUGAGGAAGCUGCAGCUGGCUCAUUCUGAGAUGGCCAUGCGUCAGAACAGUGUUGUCAUUCCAGAAGUCAAUGUCAUCGAGGCGUCCACCAUUGCCCCAGCCGUGGAGCCCCACAAGGAGCCCAACAGCGAUGAGGUUAAUGGCAACCUCCCGGCCAGUCAGAGCACAGUUAUGGGUCACGUGAGCGUGCCACACAGCUGUAGUGAGCCCAGGAGCCAUUACGAGGCAGCCCUGAGCGGCAGCCAGAGUGGGCCUCAGCCUACACGCCCCCACGGUGGCACGCUGCCCAUCCACGCAGGCACACUCACCAAUGCUGAAAGGGGCAAGCAUGUCUACCAAUCUGAGCCAGCCAACCUAAAUGGGUAUGGCAGUAGAGGCGCCAAUCGUUGGGGCCAGAGUCUGCAGACGGCUGUGUGCUCCGUCAUGUGAUCACCUGUGCGGCGCAUCAUGACUAAUUAAGCAAGUCGGUAUUUCUGACUCAGCCGAUGGCUGUUUGGAAGGGGCGGAGCCCACAGGCAGGCAGGAGAGCUCAUUCAACAGCCUUUGGAUGGAGGGACUCUGAAUCCACAGUAAUCGGAGGGUGCCAAGAGUUCUCCCAAUACACAUACGUGUACAUAAACACAUAAAGUAUACCUAAAAUACACACACUGUCACACCGACUGCUGUCUGCUCAUACCAAGAAUCUUUUGAGGACAGUUGCUAAAGAUAAUUCUUGUCAAACGAAACAGACAAACAGUUCAUAUAUGUGUGUGAUCAAACAGAACGUAUUAGUGUGUGUGUGUUUGUGUUAGAAGAGUGCCUGUGUGUAUAUCUAAACAGAAGCACUGUAUUCUACUUCUGAAAAGCAGAGGUUUCUGUGAGCGAUUGUCGUUUCACAUUAAGAGCUUCAGUGUGUUGGUGCAUCUGUAUCUUUUGUGCUGUCCUGCAUCCUUAGUAUCCGAGCACCAGCGAGUGCCCUGCAUGGUCAUGCCACUAGAACGCUUGCUGCUGUGGUGUGGUCGACUCACACUCUUGUGAGACCUCUGAAACGUAUUACAGGCGCUUUGAUUUACUACAGCUUCAUUCAUUCAUUCAUUCAAGAGACCGUUAACUCAAAGUGGAUUCCUUUAUGAUAGGCGACUUGUAUGUUUUCAAAUUGCUUCCAUCUAGACUCUGUGGAACUUUGCUAUAUUUUUUAUAUUUAAUGUAUUCAUAUACCAUGUACAUACUGAUAUUUGAUUUUUGUAAAAAAUAAAAUAAAAAAAACGAAACAAAAAAAGUCAUAUUGUUAUGAACUCUAUGCUCACCUUCGUGUAUGGUCAUGUUUUUGUUCCAUCACUGUACAUGAAGUAUAACUUGCCUCUUGGCUGAUUCCCUGUUAUCGUCUGUGUAGCUUAUUCUUGUUAAAGAGAUUAUGGCUGACAAGUCUCCUGCCUAAAGACCAGAGGCAUGUGUGGUCACAGGAGAUGCUAGUUUUCACUGUGAAAUACUUUACUUCUGUCAAUAAUAAAGAAAUAAUCCCUA